CGUUUUUCGACAGAUUGUGCCUCACGCAAUUUUCUCAAAAUGGCGUACGCAUAUGGGCGCAUUUAUGAGCACGAUCGACGGUGAACUGUCAAAAUCGGCAUUACGUGGCAAUCUCGAAUUUAUUUGCAAUUGCAAGCCUUGGAAAAUGAGUUAACUGAAUCUAUUGAUGCAUCAUGUCGCCUGAGCCUACACAAGAACCUAUUCAAGAUAAUCUGACAGUUCCCAAUACAGUCCUAGAUGCGAGAGCGGGGAAUGAUGAGGAAGACAGCGACGAUGAAGAUAUGGGUAUGGCAGGAUAUUUACCAUUAUCCCAAGUUUCUACCGAUGCUGAACCCAUAUUAGGUGAAGAAGAGAAUGACGAAUGGCUAACUGGAUUUGGUGAAUCUAAUCAAGCAUCAUCUGUUCCGGCAACUGAAACCCAGCAAAGUUGUUCUUCAGAGGUAUUGGAAGUCUGGUCGUGUCCGCACAAUCGUUCUGAUAUUGAUCUAGAUGCAACUAAGAUCAAAGAAGUAAAAUCUGUAAUGGCGUCCAUUACCAUUCCCGAAGCUUGUAUUCCGCAAUGGGCAAAUGCAAUCUCGGAAGAACAAUGGAAGGAGCAACUUCUCAUACGCAUUAAACAGAUGCAGGAUAAAGAUUCACAGAGCUGAAGUUGCCAUAUGAGUUGAGCUGGUUACAAUAAAGAACUAAAAUCUUUACUGUCAGCUGCACACAACGAGCAGUACAUCUGGAAUUAUUUGAAGUAUAAUUUAUUAUAACGUAAAAAUGCAGAAAUAUAAUCGAGAUGCCUAUUGGGCAUUGUUUUGAGUCAUAUAUAUUUUAGCAUUUAAGUGUAAAAGAAUAAUAUAAUAAUUAAUAAAAUAUUUGAUUUUUAUAUCAGUUAAAGUAAAAGCUGUUUUUUGAACAGAAUUUUAGCAUCUCGUUAAUGCGUAGGAUGUAUAAUUGUGGCAUAAGAGGAAUAUAAAUCAAAACAUAUUCGAACGAA